GGGGCCAGGCGGCCUCCUGCUGCCCCGGAGACCCUCGGCUGCUGUUGGCCCGUCGGGGCUCGGAAGGCCGGAACCGGGCGCUGUGGAGCGGGCCAGCCUCCGCGGGCAGCGCCGUCGCGGGUCCUCGGGCCCGGGAGGGGCGUCCGCCGCGGGGCCCCCCCGCUCCUUGCUCUGGCGACCCCGCCGGCCGACGGCCCCCACAACAGCCCGUUAGAGACCGCGGCGUGGAAAGAAUGAACUGGUCGCUGGCGCUUUCCCUCGUCGUAGCGUGUUGGGUCGUCGAGCCCCAAGGACCCCAGGCGGCUGUCACCCCAGAAACAACUGCAGACCCUUAGGACUCAGCACGACACUUGCGGGGGUGGGGGUUGUGCCCUCGCUGAAGCCCACGCCGGGUUAAGAACCAGGCUCUUGGGGGCUCUCAGUUUGGAAGGAGACCUACAUUCGCAGGCCGCGUAGCUCACCUGGCGGUGCAACAGUUUCCUGGCCGGUUUCCUGUCUCCUUACAAAACCCAUCAUCUAAGCCGCAGCAGGAGGAAACUUUCACACGAGGACCUGCCAUGCUUCGCAGGCUGGGUUGGCUGGUCCUGUGCAGCCUGGCUGUGCUGCUGCUCAGCGGCCUGCUCUUCCUGAAGAAGGAGGCCAAGCCAGUGGGGGGCCCCGCGGCCCGCCAGCCCUUCUGGGCUCCCCCGGGGCCCCGCCGCAGCCAGUGUCUCCCCAACCGCACAGUGGCUAACGUCUCCCUGUCUCUGCCCAGCCGCCACCGCCUCUUCUUGACCUAUCGCCACUGCCGCAACUUUUCUGUCUUGCUGGAGCCUUCCGGCUGCUCGGAUGACACCUUUCUGCUCCUGGCCAUCAAGUCGCAGCCCGGCCACGUGGAGCGGCGAGCGGCGAUCCGCAGCACGUGGGGCCGGGUGGGGGGCUGGGCGAGGGGUCGGCAGCUGAAACUGGUGUUCCUCCUGGGGGUGGCGGGGCCUGCGCCCCCAGCCCAGCUGCUGGCCUACGAGAGCCGGGAGUUCGACGACAUCCUGCAGUGGGACUUUGCCGAGGACUUCUUCAACCUGACGCUCAAGGAGCUGCACCUGCAGCGCUGGGUGGCAGUUGCCUGCCCCCAGGCCCACUUCAUGCUAAAGGGAGAUGACGAUGUUUUUGUCCACGUCCCCAAUGUGCUGGAGUUCCUGGAGGGCCGGGACCCAGCCCGAGACCUCCUGGUGGGAGAUGUUAUCCGCCAGGCCCUGCCCAACAGGAACACCAAGGUCAAAUAUUUCAUCCCCCCCUCCAUGUACAGGGCCCGCCACUACCCACCCUACGCCGGGGGUGGGGGCUACGUCAUGUCCCGAGCCACCGUGCGGCGCCUCCAAGCAGCCGUGGAGGAGGCUGAACUCUUCCCCAUCGACGACGUCUUCGUGGGCAUGUGCUUGAGGAAGCUGGGGGUGAGUCCCGUGCACCACGCUGGCUUCAAGACAUUUGGAAUACGGCGGCCCCUGGACCCCCUAGACCCCUGCCUGUACAGGGGGCUCCUGCUCGUGCACCGCCUCAGCCCCCUGGAGAUGUGGACCAUGUGGGCGCUGGUGACGGAUGAGGGGCUCAGGUGUGCAGCAGCCCCUUUGCCCCAACUCUGAGGGGUGGGUUGAGUGAGUGGACCCAGUGUUGAUUUUCCUAUCAUGAUGACACGUGAGAACCUUGAAUCUUGACCUGAGGGUCUACGGGAAAUGCUGACUUCAUUUCUUCAUUUUUGUAACCCCCACCCAGACCUUGAGAACUGAUUAAAAACACUGACCCCUGGCUAACCUGUACCAGCAUGUGUUGAAUGGGAGCAAAGUUCGGCAUAGCAGAGGCUGCCAGAAUU